GAAUUUACAGACGGCGCUUGUCCUCAUUGGAGCUAGUCCCACACCGACAUCUGAACUUUGAGCCGCAUCUUUCUCUAGUCAUCACCAUUCGGCGUUGCAUCGAGAAGACGAGUUUUUAGACAUUGUGGGAAAGAGAUGGAAUUGUGAUUAGAAGAGCCUGGAAUACAUAUUCAAUUUGCAUGCCGCCGAGAUGUCCUCGUGGAUAUCUCGAGCGACUGAGAACCGCAAUGCUCAGCUGGUGACGACUGCGGUCGUAUCAGGUGUUGUCGUUGCGAGUACCAUUCUCGGUUUCCAAAAAGCGAGGCGAAUGUACAGGUUGGCCGACUUGAAGGCAUCGAUACCAGACGUUACCGACGACCACCAUGCGACAAGACUUACUGAAUACGGCGCCGCUUCAACUGUCUUCAAGCCCAGCAAAGAGGAUGAACGUUCCAUCGCCCUCGCAGCCCGUGCUCGUAAAGGCGACUACGAUGAUGAUUUGAUUUUGGAGCAGCUGGCCCGUAACCGUGUCUUUCUCGGCGAUGAUGGUCUGGAGAAACUACGCAAUGCAUUCAUCAUCGUCGUCGGGUGUGGUGGUGUUGGUUCCCACGCGGCAGCUGCGCUCGCCCGGUCAGGAUGUUCCAAGCUACGUUUGAUUGACUUUGACCAAGUGACUCUGUCUUCUCUCAAUCGCCACGCCCUCGCUACGCUGGCUGAUGUUGGAACACCCAAGGUUCAUUGCAUCCGCCGACACCUCGAGAAGAUAACACCAUGGACGCACUUCGAAUGCCUAAACGCCCUGUUCUCCGGCCAAAGCGCUCCAACACAACUAGCUCCCCUCAACGGGCAAGCACCAGACUUCGUUAUUGACGCCAUCGACAACAUUGACUCCAAGGUUGCGCUCCUGCACUACUGCAACACAAACUCCAUUCCCGUCAUCUCCUCGAUGGGCGCAGGUUGCAAGAGUGAUCCCACCCGACUGUUCAUCGGCGACAUUAGCACAUCAACCGACGACCCACUCUCGAAAUCCACCCGCCGCAAAUUGCGCCUUCUAGGCGUCAGCUCGGGAAUACCCGUCGUCUACAGCACCGAGCGCCCCGGACCCGGCAAGGCCGAACUGCAACCCCUCAAGCAAGAAGAAUUUGAAAAAGGCAAUGUGGGCGAACUCGGUGUGCUCGCCGACUUCCGCGUCCGCAUCCUGCCUGUUCUGGGCACCAUGCCCGCCAUCUUCGGCCUCAGCGUCGCAAACCACGUCAUCCUGCGCCUCACCGGCUACCCCUGCGAAUACCUCCCCAGCAAGUCGCGCGACAAGAUGUACGACGGGAUUCUGGGGGCGCUGCAGGGCGCUGAGGAGCGCCUUGCGCGCCACGUCGCCGGCGCAACUGUGCAGGGCCUCAAGAUCCCUGUUACUCAGGACGACGUAGGAUACCUUGUCGAGGAGGUUUAUGGUGCUCGUAGUGUCCUCAGUGGUCUGUCAACCCGCUUGUUCUUGACCCGGUGGAAGAAGCCGUCGGCAGAUAUGUUGGAUGAGAGCACGCCCGGCCAGAAGAGUAGUCGCCUGCAGAUGCGCGAUCUGGUGUGCAUGACCAAGGAAGAGAUUACAAAGCAUGAGAAGGAGGUGUUAAAGGGCGAUAAGAGCGUGGAGGAAGUGUAUGGGGCCGAUGUUGUAGCGAAGGUCGAGGCGAGGCUAGAAGAGGAGGAGCGGUAUGAGAGAUUUAGAUGAUGAGGACAUUAUGCUGUACGUGUAUUAUGCUAUAUAGAGUGUUUGCAUCAAGGACUCGCCGGUCCGGCGUAGACGUUGAGGAAAUCAUGUAUACAGUGAUUAUCAUGCAUCACUGUCAAGUCAAGUUCACAACAUCAUAGUAUGUUGAAUCCUCUUCUGAAGAAAGAUUCAUCC